AUGGCACCGAAGUAUACAAUGUCCGACUCUGAGUCUGAAGCUGAGGGUGAGGUGCCCAGCGCUCCCUCUGACCAGGCUCUUGAGAAAGCCCUUCGCGACCAAGUGGCUGCAAUCUUCAAGUCGGGCAAUAUGGAUGAAUUGACCGUCAAGCGCGUGCGACUUGCCACAGAGGAUACACUAGGUCUCACAGCGGGGUACUUUAAGUCUACAGGUGACUGGAAAGCGCGGAGUGAGGAUAUAAUCAAGGAGGAGGUGCCAAAGCCCACUGCCCUUGCAAAGCGAGCAAAACCCGAGACCGCGCCGAAGCCUAGGAAGCGCCAGAAGACUAGGACCCCGGUAUCCGAUGAGGAGGAUGAGCUAUCAGUCCCGGCAUCCGACGAGAGUGACGAGGUCACAAAGCCUAAGAGUCGAUCGAAGGCACCAAUAAAGAAGUCCCCGGUGAAGAAGGCCUCCGCACGGAAACCCGAGAAAGAUAUAUCAGACGCUUCUGAUUUGUCCGGUGAUGAGAGCGACAACGACGAUGUCUCAAAGCCCAAGAAACGAUCGAAAGCGCCAGUGAAGAAGUCGCCAGUGAAGAAGCCCUCCGUGUCAAAACCCACAAAUGAUGCAUCAGACGCUUUCGAUACUCCCGAUGAUACUUCGGAUGUCGCCAAAAAGACCAGAGAUACCAAGGACGAUUCCGAAAGCGAGAUGUCGGUGGUGCUUGACGAAGAACCUCAGCCCAAGGCCCCACGCAAGCGACAGAAAAGUGCCGCGGGAACUGCGACCAAGACGAAGAGAGCCCCCAAAGCCAAGGAUGAGGAUACCAGCCCGGACCAGGCUGAAAUCAAACGACUGCAAGGAUGGCUUAUCAAAUGCGGCAUCCGUAAGCUGUGGGGUAAAGAGCUGGCGCCGUAUGACACCCCCAAAGCCAAAAUCAAGCAUCUCAAGGGGAUGCUGGAGGAUGCUGGAAUGACUGGUCGGCCAUCUCAAGAGAAGGCGAACCAGAUCCGCGAAGAACGGGAGUUGAAGGCGGAUCUAGAGCAGAUCCAGCAAGGCGCAAAACAAUGGGGUGCCAAGAGUGACGAGGAUAAUGAUGAGGUUGCGAAGCCUCGGCGUAGGUUGUCUCGGGGGCGACAGUCACUUGCAUUCUUAGAGAGUGAAGGCGAAGAGACCGAUUGA